GCAGUCACAUGACUGGGAAACGAUUUCAGGGUUAGCUACCAGUUUGCUGAUACAAACUUGAUAAUCAUGGUAAGUUAAAAUGAUAAAAUAGCUACACUUUAUACUUCUGAUUAUUAUCCAUCCAAUCCUUCAUGAUUGUAUGACUGAGACUGAGACUCGAAAACAGACUCAAAUUGUGGGUGGUGCUAACUAGCUACGGCCUAGCUAAAAGCUACUAGCUGGCUAAGGCUACUGUGUAGGCUAACUGUCAACACAUUUAAUUUUUGAAGAAUCGACCGAUUCAUUGAUGUCUAGCAUCUCUUAUGGUCGAUUAUUUCCAUCUCUUACUGUUAAGCCACUGAUUUCACCAAGUCAAAGGAGCGCAGUUUGUUAGCUACAGUAAUAUUUUCAUGAAAUGUCUAGACGUUAGCCAGUUAGUUAGCUAACGUAGCUAGCAAAGAUCAGAGAUAAUACAAAUUCAACGUAGCAUAUGUAAAGCUAGUUGAUGGCUAAGGAAAGGUUAGCCAUCAGCUGUCAGUCAUUGAUAAUUCAUUCUGGUAAUGCCAGUAUAGCUAGAAAUAAACAUGGUUAGUGUGAACACAGUGCAUACAAAUCAGUAGCUAACCACUUGAUAGUCUGGUGACUCAGUGCUAGCUUGCAGUCUGCACCUAUUACAGUCUUGAUGAGGUAUGUGACAUUUUUUUUCACAAUUUCUAAUCUUAGGCCAUCCAGAGCACUUACAUUAGGAUAACUAUGAAUGAGCUAACUCUAUGUUUAUGUUGGCUUGUACAGUACCACCAAUCAUUUCAAUGUUUUCCUGUGGGCAUAGCCAGUUUACUGAACAUCUGAGUCAAUGUCAUGUCUCUGCUCCCUGUAACUGUAAACCAAUGUAGCUAUAAUGGUGGAGUAUGUCAGCGUAACAUGCAUGGCAUUCCUCUGAGCUUCUGUGUGCUGUCUUUCAGCCUACCACACAGCAGUCACCCCAGGAUGAGCAGGAAAAGCUACUUGAUGAAGCCGUGCAAGCUGUCAAGGUCCAGUCAUUUCAGAUGAAGCGUUGCCUGGUAAGAUCUGCUUAUUUCCUCCUGUGCGGGUCCCUUUGACUUCCUUCUCUUUUCUGUUAACAAUAUUGCAAAUAUGUAUUGUAUUCUCUGACCCUCAUCAGUGUAUGAGAGAGACUAUGUUACACUACAGCAUAUUUUGGAGCAGUGUAUCAGAGAUUAACCUAACUGUACUGGUUACUCAUAUUGACUUGUUACUUGACUUAUUUGAUUGCUGACACUUCCAUCCGUAGGACAAGAACAAGCUGAUGGAUGCAUUGAAACAUGCAUCUAACAUGCUGGGGGAACUCAGGACCUCCAUGUUAUCUCCAAAGAGCUACUAUGAACUCUGUAUCCUUUACCUGCUGCAACCUAUGGAUCUCUGGUCUAGACAUAAAUAAAUGCACUCUCCUCAUUCUCCAGAUCAUUUGACUGUUCUAGGCAAGUCCAUGUUUGGUGUUAUUUACAGUUGUGCUAUGAGUCCCUAAUUCUGAGUGCAGACAUGGCCAUCUCUGACGAGCUCCACUACCUGGAGGUGUACCUGACAGAUGAGUUUGCCAAGGGCAGGAAGGUGGCUGACCUCUAUGAGCUGGUUCAAUAUGCAGGGAACAUCAUCCCCAGACUGUGAGUACUCAAGCACCCUAAUGAUUGUGUCAGAUAGUGAAUAAAGUGAAGUGUAAAUGGAAAGCUGCAUAUGUUCUCUUGUACUAGCCUACUUGUACAUGUGAUCAAUCAUGUGACAACAAUGCGCUCUUUAGGCAGUGCAAACCAGAUGAGGGAGCUUGACCCUAGAGGAAUAGGAAACAGGUCAAGUAAUGAGCCCCCCCUUCCUCUCUCCCCAGUUACCUGCUGAUCACUGUGGGGGUGGUGUAUGUUCGCUCCUUCCCUCAGUCGCGUAAGGACAUCCUGAAGGACCUGGUGGAGAUGUGUCGUGGGGUGCAGCACCCGCUGAGAGGCCUGUUCCUCAGAAACUACCUGCUGCAGUGCACCCGCAACAUCUUGCCUGACGACGGGGAGCAGCUAGAGUAAGAACAAGGGAGAAUCUUAAUUGCAUACUCCUUGCGUCCUCUCUCCUCACCUCCUUCACAAAACCCAUUGGAGGAGAAGGUCAAAGGGGAGGGACAUCUGGCUUUCUCACCCAAUGGGUUUUGAGAAAGAGGUGAGGAGAGAGGACACGAGGAGUAUGCAAUUGAGAUUCUCCCAAUCUCUCCUCAUGGGGCUCCCCUCCUGAGCUGCCCCUCACUCAUUCUCAUCGACUGA